AGUGAUGGGCAUUCCCUCGCCUCCAAUCAGAGGUCCUGGUGGGAGGGGCUGCAGGAACAAUUCAUUUUGGCGGUUCAAUUUCAACAUGGCUGAGGUGAGCCACGGAGAUGAGGCCGUGGAGAGGGGGCCUGAGGCCUCAUCUCCGGAGUCCGUGCCAGUUGACACGACCAUCUCCAGGGUGAAACUCCUCGACACCAUAGUGGACACUUUCCUCCAGAAACUAGUCGCCCCCAGGAGCCUUGCCAUCACGGGCAGUUACUGGAUACGACAUCAGACUCCACACCAUCUUCCGGCCUUGGUCUUAUCUCUACUCUCCAGUCCAUGUGGUCUCAUCAUGUCCUGCUGCUCACCAAGCUUCGAGAGGUUCACCGACUGUUACCAACACUUCCACCAGUUGGAUCCUGGGGUGACGCGGAGUGUCUAUGACAAGUUUGUGGCUCAGUUACAGACAUCCAUCCGGGAGGAAAUCUCAGAAAUAAAAGAGGAAGGCAACCUGGAAGCUGUCCUCAACUCCCUGGAUAAGAUCGUAGAAGAAGGCAAAGCCCACGGAGAGCCAGCCUGGCGACCCAGUGGGACCCCGGAGAAGGACCUGUGCAGUGCCAUGGCACCCUACUUCCUGCAGCAAAGAGACACCCUGUGCCGCCGGGUGCGGAAGCAGGAGGCCAAGAACCAGGACCUGGCCGACGCUGUCCUAGCCGGGCGCAGGCAGGUGGAGGAACUGCAGCAGCAGGUCCAGGCCCUCCAGCAGGCUUGGCAGGCUCUUCACAGCGAGCAGAAGGAACUGCUGUCAGUGCUGAGGGCACCUGAGUGAGGAGCCGUUGGGCCCCAGAGCAGAGGGCAGUCAUGGUCUUGUGGGAGUCCCGUGGAUCCAGCUCCCCAUUCCCACUGCUUAGGUUCUGGCGGGGUCACCCACACUGCCUUCAGACUCCUGCCGCCGUCCCACCCUGGGCAUCAGACACCAGCUUUGUCUCCUGGAGUUGCAAUCAGCAUUGCCCCACACCCUCCUUCCGGUUGGUUCCCCAGCCCCCUGCACUGGACGGGAUAGUGUUUUCAGGAUGCUCUGAUUGCCGCCUUGCUGGCCAGCCCAAGGGCCCUUGCCAUGUUCUCCCCACAUCUGUAAAUAAACUUCCUCUCCGGCACUGUAA